AUGGCGCUGGAAGUACAGCCGCCCGACGGUCGCAAACGAGUCAAGGUCUAUGAGCUCAGAGAUAAUGAUUGGUUUGAUCGAGGAACUGGUUUCUGCACGGGUCAAAUCUUGGGGGAGGAGCCUCGCAUAUUUGUCGAAUCAGAAGACCUUCCCAGUCGCGUGUUGCUCGAAACGCGAAUCACCAAGGACGAUGGCUAUCAAAAACAGCAAGCAUCACGCGACACAGAGACUUUGAUUGUCUGGACCGAGCAGAAUGGUACCGAUAUGGCGCUGAGCUUCCAAGAGGCCGAGGGUUGUGCGGUUAUUUGGGACUUUGUCAAUGCAGUCCAACAACAUCUUCUGAGUCUCAAUUCAGCCGAUGACGCCUUGUCCGAUGAUCUCGACAGCUACCAGUCCAUCGUAUUACCUGCCCCGGAACUCGGAAACCUACCUGAGAUUGAACAGAUCGUACGAGCUGCAAGCAUGACACAAGGCGGCCGCGAUGCGCUAUCUAAAUUUAUCAUUCGGGACGAGUACAUCGCCAAAUUGGUACCGCUAGUGGCAAUGGCUGAGGAUUUGGAGAGCUUGAUCGAUCUGCAUCGCUUAUGCAACAUCAUGAAAUCUCUCAUUCUAUUAAAUGACAACACCAUAAUCGAAACUGUUGUCGCCGAUGAAGUCAUCCUGGGAGUGGUUGGGGCUCUGGAAUAUGACCCUGAAUUCCCCACACACAAGGCAAAUCACCGGCAAUACCUCUCAGACAAAUCGCGAUACAAAGAAGUCGUCCCUAUCAAAGAUCUGAUCAUCCGCCAAAAGAUUCAGAGUACGUGGAGGCUGCAAUAUCUGAAAGACGUGGUGCUGGCUCGGAUUUUGGACGACCCGACAUUUUCGGUGCUCAAUUCUCUGAUUUUCUUCAACCAAAUGGAGAUUGUGAACCACAUCCAAGCGAAUGGGCCGUUCCUACGAGAGCUAUUUUCGGUCUUCGACCCCAGGAAUUUGGACCAGAGGCGCAAGGAUGACGCUGUGCAAUUUCUCCACCAGUGCGCUGGCAUUGCGAAGAACUUGCAAGCACCGUCACGCGCCCAAUUAUUCGCCAAUUUCAUUAGCCAUGGUCUCUUCGCCGUGAUUGCCUUUGCUGUCAAGCACUUGAAUCCAGCUAUGCGGACGACUGGAAUUGAUAUCCUGGUGGCUCUUUUGGAUCAUGAUCCAGUCAUGAUGAGAAACUACAUGCUCAAGGCUGUCAACGAUAAGAAGACACCACUCACAGAUACCUUGAUUGACCUGCUUCAUGUGGAGACCGACCUCGGCGUCAAAAACCAACUUGCCGAUGCUAUCAAGGUUCUCCUUGAUCCUCAGAUUCCUAUGCAGGAUCCGCUUGGUCGGGCUGGACCCGAUUACCUCAAAGUUCGCACCAACAAUCUUCUGUCUGAUGCAUUUGUCCAGCAACAUUUUGAUGAGUCUUCUAAACGGCUUUUCCAACCGCUUAAACAGCUUGCAAAUCGCACAGCCCUUAAUGAUUUGACAUUCCAAGAGGUCACCCUCUACUCGCAUCUUGUUGAUAUCCUCACCUUCUUCGUCCGCCAGCACCUUUUCCGCACACGUAACUCCAUUCAAAGUGAAUCUCUCGCACCACGCGUUGCACAGCUCCUGCGAGUGCCCCAGAAACACUUAAAACUUGUCGCCCUAAAAUUUUUCCGUACCUUGAUCAGCCUCCAAGAUACCUUUUAUCAAGCUCUCAUGACACACAAUAACACGUUUGAGUUGAUUCUUGACAUUGUUUACGAGACAAUGCCUCGCGACAACCUACUCAAUUCUGCCUGUCUUGAACUUUUCGAAUUUAUCAAGCGGGAAAAUAUCAAGCCCUUUAUCCUUCAUGUGGUUGAGAAAUAUCGCGAAAAGCUUGAGAAUAUCAUUUAUGUCGAUACCUUCCAGAGCUUGAUUCUACGAUAUGACCAGAUGCAGGGAUACGGAGGCGAGGCCGACUCGGCGUUGUUUAGCCAUGAUGAACCACCCACUCCUCCGCGAAAAAUUCAGAUGAAUAAUCAGCGCUGGCAGGGUGUGAGGGAAUUGGAUCCCGCGGAAGAAGAUUACUUUAACACGUCUGACGAUGAAGAUGAGAUAAAGUGGACGCAGGACCGUGUGGCCAUUACAGUUGGACCUCCAAACGGGUCCGCCUCUGCAGUUGUCAAACCAUUGGUUGACUACCCAGAUGACGACGAUGAAGACAUCAUGGACACCAAACCCGAAGGGGUACAGCAACAACCGGUGGCCAACCCAACGGAGACUUCGACUGAUGCUCCGCCCUCAACACCUACUCAGACCCCGCCAGCACCAGAGCGGCUUUCAGAGAAACGUCGCCGCGAGGAAGAGGACGAUGAUGAGCUUAUCAAGCUCAGCGCGGGACCUAAACGAAGAAGUUCCACCAGUAGCAACUCCGGUGCUGGUAUUCUAGGUCGGAAGAAAAGCCUCACAGACAAAAAUGCCUCACCGGGUGUAUUAAACACUGUGACGAGCGCCGCACCCAAGAGAAUCGCCAUCAGCAUCGGAUCAACGGUCAAACCUCCCGCUUCCGAAGGCGACACUACUUGCACCGACGUGACAACCGAAAGUAAUGAGAAGGAGAACCGUGAUGAUAGUCAAGGCAACGAGGGUGGAUAA